AGCGAAAGUUUUCCAUCAACAGUCGCCAUUUUUGUGAAUUUUCGCAUAGCUAAGUGAAUAUUUUGGCAGCAUGAUGGCACCUGUGUGACAUCAUAGACAUACACAAUGAGAUUUUAGUGAAAAACGUGUAUCAAUCUACGUGAAUGGGGAAGAACAUUGACGUUAAGAUGUGAUCAGCGUUCAUGAUUCGGUGGUCAAUAUCAUCUGUUCGGGCCAGUGAAAAAACGGAGCAGAAGACGUCCUCCUGGACAUCUCUUAUAGUCGUUCAAGAUAGUAUUAAUUAUGCUCAAAGUCUUGGAAGGUGGUGACAUCAUAUUGUCAUCAUCAGCUGGUGUCAAUUAUUGGCAACCUUUCCGGGGGUUUGACCAAGUAUUAAUUGGCCACAGGCCGAAUUUCGGUUGAUCGUGAUUUGUUUUUAAAAUGGGUGAGCCUCAUAUCGAUGGACCACCACCGAACAAGCGGGCACGAGUGUCUUCACCUUUAUCAAUGCCCAACAGCGGCAGCAAUGCUAGCGAUUUCAACUUCAUGUUGGACCUGGAAAAAGAACUUCCAGAUGAGAUAAUGGGUGGUAUGCCGGACAUCGGACCUGGUAGUGUUGGCAGUAGCACUAGCAGCAAUCACGAUUUGCCUAAUGGACUAGUGCAGCCAAUCGCACCUCAGCUAGACAAUCCGUCGCAGCUAUCUCAAAUGACACGGGUGAGAGCUGGAGGAAUGGUCAAUGCGAAGAACUAUAAUGCUUCCAGCCCUCAGCAAGUGUGCGGACUGUCGCCGGCUCCUAGUCCCCAUAGUUUAGGUGGUGGUGGGAUGCAGAAAAGUCCAGGAGCCGGUUCGAAUGCCCUUACGUCGCCGCCACCGAACGUUAUGAUUAGUAGGUCGGCUACUCCAUCCAGCUCACCUUAUGGCAUCAACACAAACAGUGUGCACAUGAGUGAAUCGAUGGCAAGCCUAUCCAACUGUGUCUCCAAUAUAGAAUACUCGAUGUCCGGUGUGCCGUCAGUGAAUGGCAAGCAACUGAAUGUUGCCAGCAGUAUAAGUGGUGCUACAGGUGCUAACCAAGUGCAAUUGCCAAAUCACAUGAUGAACGGUCCAGUUGUGAGUGGUGGAGGCUUGAGACCUGGCCUGGUGCGUAAUAUCCCUGUCAGUUCAGCAGUGUCAUUAGGACCUAACAGUGUUAUGGGGAACAUGGCUUUUGCUCAAACGCAGCCACACGGAACCACUCAGAUACCUGGUCAGGCACCAGUGAACAGUUUAUCACCAAGCACGCUGCCGUCAGGCAUGGCAGGCAAUAAUAAUCCCUACAGCAACACCAUUCCACCAGCGAUGAGGAACCCCGCAGCACCCAGGCAACAGGCUCCGGGCAUGCAAGGUCCUAAUGCAAUGCAGCAGACCCCUGCAGCACAGCUCGGCCAGGCGCAGGAGGGUGCGGCAGGAAGUCAGCCGAGGCCUCCUGUGCCGCCGGGCGCUCCUGGCCCGACCCAGACAGCUGACCCAGAGAAACGACGUCUCAUUCAACAGCAACUGGUGCUGCUGCUGCACGCGCACAAGUGCCAGCGGCGCGAGCGAACCGAUGACGGACAAGUGCGCGUCUGCAACCUGCCGCACUGCAAGACGAUGAAGAACGUGCUCAACCACAUGACGACGUGCCACGCUGGCAAGGCUUGCCAAGUUGCUCAUUGUGCCUCCUCACGGCAAAUCAUUACUCACUGGAAGAACUGCACGCGACAAGACUGCCCUGUAUGUCUGCCUCUAAAGACAGCCAACGACAGAGGGAGAACUCAAGGUGCCAGGCUGCCAGCAGGCUCCAACCCGCACGUCUCAGCCCGCCGCCGCGCCGGGACGUCUUCGACUGUGGACGCCGCCGCCAUGCAAGACUCGGCAUAUCUACCGCCAGCGCCACCCACUCAUCGACUCGUGCAGCUAGCCGAGAGCCGCCGCGACGGUCGGGCCCAUCCGUCAGGCACCGCACAGACGACGGCCGUCCUCCGUCGCCGCAUACGGCGAGAUGGGUGGCUGCAGUGCGGAUGUGGGUCCGCUCUUCUCAUCAAGUCCGAGUGCCGAGGUGCACGCGGCGCCGCGAGUAUGCACCUCUGCUGGCACGGCUGCGUCAAGCAGCGUUCUUCUGUGGAGGCACAGUCGGUAAGGGCCACACUGUUCUAUGAUGGCAGCCCGACGGGCGGAUGUGGGAGUCCGUGGUGCCACUGUGUGAGGUGGGCGGUGAGUAGGUGCGCCAUCGCCUCGGCGUCGUCGCACUCCGACAGGUCCGAUGAGGUCCUGUGCAGGUGUGCACUCAGGCGGUGGCUCUGUGACACAGGACCUGCGAAACCACCUCGUGCACAAGCUGAGGAGUACUACCAGCUGCUCGCCGAGAAGAUCUACAAGAUACAGAAGGAGCUGGAGGAGAAGAGGAUGAAUCGCAUCAGCCGAGGCCCAGGUCAGCAGCUACCACAGCUUCCUUCCCGCAUCACGGCUCCGAAUGGCGGCGGAGCGGACGUGGGGGCGCUAGCAAGCGGCUCGAUGCUGGGCGCGGGGGUGCACGCGGGCAUGACCGUCUCACAGCUCGCGCACAACCUGCUCGUGAACAGCCCCGGCGUGUCGCAGCCUCCCCCCGUGAUCUCAUCGUCGCCGUCGCCACCGGCGACGGCCGGCUCACACGCCCUCACCACGGUGACGGCGAGCAGCCAGAUGAACGGCCUCACCACCAGCACCAGCGUUAACGGCGUGCCGGGCGGGCAGACCCGCGGGCAGGUGAACGGGGUGGAAGGCAGCCCGCGUGCGACCGCCGCCGCCGCUGUUGCCACGAAACUGCCGAACAAUCAAGUAAAGACGGAGCAGCUAACUCUGCAGCAGCAGCUUCAGGGGCGGUUCCCCACGUCACAAGCCCAGCAGCUAGGGGAACAGUCCAGUGUUCACAGUCAGGGCCAGGUGCAGGGAAACCCUUACACCUCAGUCCGGUGUGGAGCAAGAAGUGAACAGGAACCAAAGUCGAGACAUCCCUACCCAGGAGUCUGGUUCAGCAUCUUCCACCCGGUAUCCGUGGGAAGGGAACCGGCAAGGCAUGGGCACCGACUUGGCCAAGGCUUGGGAAAGGGCGGUGUGUUCAAGUUGGACGAGCUGCGGUACGCGCUGCGGCCGACGCUGGAGACACUCUACAGGCAGGACCCGGAGUCGGUGCCCUUCCGCAACCCCGUCGACCCGAUCAAGCUCAAUAUUCCCGAUUACUUUGACAUCGUGAAGAACCCGAUGGAUCUGUCAACGAUCAAGCGGCGGCUCGACACGGGCCAGUACCAGGACCCGUGGCAGUACGUCGACGACGUGUGGCUGAUGUUCGACAACGCGUGGCUCUACAACAAGAAGACGUCGCGCGUCUACCGCUUCUGCUCAAAGCUCGCGGAGGUGUUCGAUCAGGAGAUCGACCCAGUCAUGCAGAGCCUCGGCUACUGCUGCGGCCACAAGUGGGUCUACCAGCCGCAGCCACUCUUCUGCUACGGCCAGAAUCUCUGCACGAUCCCGCGCGACGCCACCUACUGGAGUUACAGGAACAAGUACGCGUACUGCCAGAAGUGCUACAGCGAGCUGCCGGGAGAGAAGGUGACUCUGUGCGAUGAGCCAGGACAGCCCACACUAUUGAAAGAACAUUUUCCUAUUUCUUUGACUAAGCAAGAAUUGAGCACUGUAUUUUGUGCCCAGGCUGCACAGCAGGCUCCACCCAGCACGUCUCAGCCCGCCCCGGCUCCGGGACCCGACCUGGAGCGCCGCGCCAUGCAAGCACUCGGCAUAUCCUACCCAAGCAAUAUGAACUCGUCGCAGGCAGCGAGCAGCGCGGCGACGGUGGCGCCAUCUCAGGCACCGCACCGGCCCGUACCUCCGUCGCCCAAUACGCAGAUGGGUGGCUCAGUGCCGGAUGUGGGACCGAUCUCCUCAUCAAGUCCCGAACUGCCGAUGCCAACGCCGCCGGCGAGUAUGCAGCCCCCUCUGCUGGCCACGGCUGCGUCAAGCAGCGUCUCUUCUGUGGAGGGCACAGAAGUUAAGAACGACCAGCUAGAACUGGAGCCGUUCGUUGACUGCCAGGAAUGCGGUCGCAAGCUGCAUCGAGUCUGCGUGCUCUACAUGACGCAAAUAUACCCCAACGGGUUCACGUGUUCUGGCUGCUUGAAGGCCUUAGGUAGACCAAAGAAGGAUAAUAAAUUCUCGGCGAAACGAUUGCCCGCCAACAAGCUGAGCAUGUUCCUGGAGAAUCGCGUCAACAACUUCCUGCACAAGAACGGGGCGGGCGCCGGCGACGUGACGAUACGCGUCGUCUCCAGCAGCGACAAGGUCGUCGAGGUCAAGUCGGGAAUGAAAACCAGAUACUCUGACGACAACGCAUUCCCGGAGAUGUUCCCCUACAGGACGAAAGCACUGUUCGCUUUUGAGGAGAUAGAUGGCGUUGACGUCUGCUUCUUCGGCAUGCACGUGCAGGAGUACGGCUCGCAUUGUUCCCAGCCGAACACCAGGCGCGUGUACGUCUCCUAUCUGGACAGCGUCCACUUCUUCACGCCGCGUGAGUUUCGGACGGCGGUGUACCACGAGAUUCUCAUCGGCUAUCUCGACUUCUGCAAGCAGAUGGGGAUGGUGUGGGCGCACAUAUGGGCCUGCCCGCCCAGCGAGGGGGACGACUACAUAUUCCACUGCCAUCCCAUCGAGCAGAAGAUUCCGAAGCCAAAGCGCCUGCAGGACUGGUAUCGCAAGAUGCUGGACAAGGGCACGAUGGAACGCGUCGUCGUCGACUACAAGGACAUCCUCAAGGACGCGAUGGACAACAACGUGCAGUCGGCCGCCGAGCUGCCGUACUUCGACGGCGACUUCUGGCCGAACGUGUUCGAGGAGAGCAUCCGCGAGCUGGAGCAGGAGGAGGAAGAGCAGCGGAAGCGCGAAGCUGCAGAGGCAGCGAUGGCAGCCGUCACCGAGAACGGGGAGUGCGAGACGGAGAGCCAGGAGGUGGGUGGUGGUGCCGCGCGGAGCAUUGUGGUGCAGGCGAUAUUUCCGACGCCGGACCCAGCGGCGUUGCAUGAUCGCCGCAUGAUCAACCUAGUCGCCUACGCUCGCAAGGUCGAGGCUGACAUGUAUGAGAGCGCCACCAGCAGGGAGGCGCUGAUGCGACGGCGGAUGCUCGCGAUGAAUGCUUUGGCUGCGGAGCCGCCCUCUAGCGGUCCGUCGUCGGUGCAGUCGGUGCAGCAGACGCCGCCGCACACGCCUGCACCCGCGUAUCCUCUCGCAGGCUCCGGGGGGAAGCCCCAGCCGGGCCCUCCCCCGGGAGCCAUCCAGGCUGCUCAGCAGGUGAGCAGAAACAAUAUCCAGGCGGUGGCCGCGCGGCAGCAGGGCCCGCACGCGUCCAGCUACAGCAUGGGCAAGCCGCUCAACGGCGGCGGCGGCAUGCCCGGCUACCAGAUGGCGCCUCAGAUGCAGGCGCCGAUGGGGCAGCCGCUGCACCAGGGCGGCGCGCAGCAGCUUCCAUCGAUGCAGGGCUGGAGCAACGCGCCUAGCUACCCGCAGCAGCAGCAGGCGCCUCCGCCGCAGCAGCAGAUGAUGUCUGUCAUGCAGCAGCAGCAGCAGCAGCAGGAGAUGUCCGGAGGAGGAGGAGGAGGAGGAGGAGGAGGGAAGCCAAUGAUGGGGGCGGCGAUGGCGAUGGGCGGGCUGCAGCCGGGCGGCGGCGGCGGCCCGCGUCCGAACAACCCGGUGCCGCAGCACGCGCUGCAGCAGCUGAUGAGCACGCUGCGGUCGCCCGCGUCGCCACAGCAACAGCAGGAGGUGCUCAACAUCCUCAAGUCCUACCCGCAGCUGAUGGCCGCUUUCAUCAAGCAGCGGACGCAGCAGCAGCAGCAGCAGCAACAGCAGCAGCAGCUUCAGCAGCAGAUGGGCGGGGGGAUGCCGGCGCCGGGGGCACCGAUGCAGCCCGGCAUGCAGAUGCAGGCGAUGCCUCAGAUGCAGGGCGGACCGCAGAUGCAGGCCAUGCCCCAGAUGCAAGGCGGCCCCCAAAUGCAAGGCAUGCCACAGGGCCAUCCCCAGAUGCAGGGUCACCAGUUGCAAGGUGGCGCGCAGAUGCAGGGAGGCGGUACGCCGAUGCUGGUGGGGAUGAUGAGUGCGCAGGGAGGCGGAGGAGGAGGCCAGCAGGGCAUGUCGCAGCAGCAGCUGUACGCGUACCGGCAGCAGCUGAUCAUGCAGCGGCAGCGGCAGCCGCAGGACUACCAGUUCCAGCAGCCGCAGGCGCCGCCCUACUCGCAGGGUGGGCGCGUGCGCGGCCCGCAUCCCGGCCUCGGCUUCCCGCAGCAGGCGUACGCGCCCGGCGACGGCAUGCAGACGAACAUGCAGCAGUUCACGCAGCAGCAGCUGAUGCAGAUGCAGCAGCAGCGGCCGCUGUCGCCGCAGCAGCAGCAGCAGAUGAUGGCCGCGGGCGGGGUGGUGGCCGGCGGGGGCGGGCACCCCGUCCGCUCACCGCAGCACAUGCUGCAGCAGGUGUGUUCGCCCCCGCCCUGCUCCGCCGCCGCCCUCGCCCACCAGGUGCGAUCGCCGCAGCCGAUCCCGUCGCCGCGGCAACACCCGAUCGCGUCGCCGUCGCCGCGGCUGCAGCACUCGCCGCAUCACGCCGUCGCGGCGUCGCACUCGCCGCAUCCGGUGGGGAUGCUGACGCCCGACCCGGGCGCUCUCACGUCGGAGCCGAUGUUUCCGACGCAGAUGCACCACGCGGCGCACGGGAUGGCCGGCGCGGUGGCCGCCGUGCACCGCGACCAGCCGCCGUCUGACAGCGACGGCAUCGCCUCGCUGACGCCGCAGGACCAACUCAGUCGAUUCGUCGACAACUUGUAGCGGCACGAGGCGUGCGAGACGGUGGCGCGCCCUGCCGAGAGAGAGAUAGAGAGCGCGAGUGGGAGCUGCGAAGCGGUGACCCGAAAGCAAACUACUACAUACAUAUUUUAUUUUGUAUCGUCCGUAGCUGGUGCCGCCCCCGCCGAAAUAUGAACUGGAGGUUUUCUAGAUUUGUACGCGGCAGCGCGCACCGAGUGUUGUUGUUUGUGUGACGAGUAGUUGCCUAGACGGAUCCUGUCCUAUUAUUGUUGUUAUCUAUAUCUCAGACGUGAUAGAAUGCUAUCCAGAUACUGAUGCAUUGCGAGUCGUUAUAUAUAUACAUUCUGUGUCCUGCUUCAGUACGGCAUGUUUUAGUCAGUAGAGUUGUGAAUAGGUGUAAAAAGUUUUUAUUGAACUACCAAUCAAAUACUUGUUGGUGGCAUUUUCGUCUUUCUUGAGCGCAAUCAUGCAAUGGCGGCAUCUGUUGAGCAGAAAUUGAAUUAUUUCACCACAGCAGUGCAAAGGCAACGACCCUGCUGGAAGUAGCAGGGCGCGUGUGCAUUCGUUCCAGUUUUAAAUUUGGUUCUAAUGUAUUUAUGUACAUGUAUGAUAAUAAUUUUUCUAUUUGGCCAUUAAAGUUUUUACAUCACUAAUGGAAACGUG